AUGAAAGUCAAUGCGUCAUCGCUCAUCGCAUUGAUUGCCCUCGGGCAUACAUACAUAAAGUUGGUACACUGCAAUAAUUUGGGACAUGCGGUCCCAAUUAACGCUAACAGCAUUGCUGUAGCGAACACAAAUGCGAAUAACGUUGCUGGAGUAAACGGAAAUUUAAAUGGUAUUGCAGAAACGUUUAGCACCGCUGCAACAGUGGGAAUGAGCAAUGUAGGUGCGGAGCUAUUGGGCGGUUUUGUAGGAGGUUGUUUGUCAACCUUCAUAAUACGGAUAAGUGAAUCAAUCGUUGAUGCUGUGGCGGGUUGCAUUCGCAGAAGUAAAGAGGAACAAAUGAAAAAGUGCAGAAAUAACGAUGACGAUGAUGACGCUCCAUACUUGAGAAGCCCCAAGCGAGAAGAGGAAGCUGCGAAGCCGAGCGGGGAGGUGAAGGAGCCGAAAAAUAAAGUGAAGAAACCGAAUGAGGUAACAAAGCCACACAACGGUGAAGCCAAAGCGACCAAGGGGGGUGUUCCGGCAGCGCCGGCACCCUAA